UAGUAUAACUCACCUUUUUUUGAUUUACACUUCUCUAGGAAAGGGGAAAGAGAAUUAGGUAAUACAUAGUAAACCCUAUUAACCUCCUCAUAAGAUGAUUAGCACAUGGAUUAAAGGCUAGAGAAAUCCUAAUUGUCCUCUUAUUUUAACUUAUGUUGGGUGCACAAGUUGAGCCAUCGUCGGUAGGCAGCCCUUGGAGUGCAUCAAAGGGUCUCACACUAUAACCUCUCGAUGAUCCCGAAGUUGCCAUUUAAACCCCUUCAUACCCUUCAAUUAUCAACAUUAAAUCCCUUAAUUUUAAGUCGCCACUUCUAAUUAUUGAGCCCAAAUUUGUUUUUGGUUAUACUCAACCUGAAAAAAGUGAGGAAAAAAAAAUAGUGUUAGAAAAAAUGGCAACUUUUUCUUCAUCUCAUUGCGCAUCUUCAUCUUCUUCAUUCUAUUCAUCAUAUUCUUCUUCAUCAUCAAAAUCACGACAUGGGGUUCUUGGAAUGGUCAAAAUUUCUUCGAUUUCUAAGCAAUCUGCCCAGAAAAUCUCUGUAUCUAAACAACAAAUUAGAACAAAUUCAAAUUCAAACGCCGUUCUUAUGCAAGAUGGUGCUGUUGCCACAAAAAUAAUUCCUGUUGAAGGUGAGGAUACAUCAGUAAAGACAUUGAAAGAUGGGAUAUUAUCAGCCACAUCUUCUCAGGAAAGUAAUGAUUUGUCUAAGUUUGAUGUGAACAAAGAUGAGUCAACUGUCAGUAUCACUGUUGUUGGGGCCUCUGGAGACCUAGCCAAGAAGAAGAUAUUUCCUGCACUUUUUGCUCUUUAUUAUGAAGAUUGUUUGCCCAAGCACUUUACUAUAUUUGGUUAUGCAAGAAGUAAGAUGACUGAUGAUGAACUUAGGACUAUGGUUAGCAAGACUCUUACUUGCAGGAUUGACAAGAGGGAGAACUGUGGUGAAAAGAUGGAGGAGUUUCUGAAGAGAUGUUUCUACCAAUCUGGUCAGUAUGAUUCUACAGAAAACUUUGUGGAGCUAGACAAGAAACUCAGGCAACAUGAGGCUGGGAGGAUCGCUAAUCGACUCUUCUAUUUGUCAAUUCCACCAAAUAUCUUCAUAGAUGCUGUGAGAUGUGCAAGUUUAUCAGCAUCCUCUGCAAAUGGGUGGACUCGGGUCAUUGUAGAGAAACCUUUUGGUCGGGACUCAGAGUCCUCUGCCGCUUUGACUAGUGGACUUAAGCAGUACUUGAAUGAAGAUCAGAUUUUCAGGAUAGAUCAUUAUCUUGGGAAGGAACUUGUUGAAAACUUAUCCGUUCUGCGCUUCUCCAACCUUAUCUUUGAACCCUUAUGGUCAAGGCAGUAUAUAAGAAAUGUUCAGUUAAUAUUCUCUGAGGAUUUCGGCACUGAAGGGCGUGGAGGGUAUUUUGAUCAUUAUGGUAUAAUUAGAGACAUAAUGCAAAACCAUUUGCUACAAAUCUUGGCUCUAUUUGCCAUGGAAACUCCAGUAAGCUUAGAUGCAGAAGAUAUCAGAAAUGAAAAGGUAAAAGUUCUUCGGUCAAUGAGGCCAUUGCAACUUGAUGAUGUGGUAAUAGGACAAUACAAAAGUCACACUAGAGGAGGAGUCACUUACCCAGGAUACACAGAAGACAAGACUGUACCUAAAGACAGCUUAACCCCAACAUUUGCUGCAGCUGCCUUGUUUAUCGAUAAUGCAAGAUGGGAUGGGGUGCCUUUCCUUAUGAAGGCUGGAAAAGCGCUUCAUAACAGGAGCGCUGAGAUCAGAGUUCAAUUCAGGCAUGUACCUGGAAAUUUGUAUGCCAAAAAUUUUGGGUCAAAUCUUGAUCAAUCGACAAAUGAACUUGUUAUCCGAGUACAACCUGACGAAGCUAUUUAUUUGAAGAUCAAUAACAAGGUUCCUGGUUUGGGAAUGAGAUUAGACCGCAGCACUCUCAAUCUUCAUUAUGCUGCAAGGUAUGCUAAAGAGAUUCCCGAUGCCUACGAGAGGCUUCUACUUGAUGCAGUAGAAGGAGAAAGGAGGCUGUUUAUCCGCAGUGAUGAACUUGAUGCUGCUUGGGCGCUCUUCACACCGCUUCUGAAAGAGCUAGAGCAGAAGAAAGUUAAUCCUGAAUAUUAUCCCUAUGGAAGCAGGGGUCCUGUUGGGGCACACUAUCUUGCUGCCAGAUAUAAUGUUCGAUGGGGCGAUCUUGGAUUAGAGCAGUGAGUUUUCAAUUCUUUUUUAUAUUGCUAUAAUGGUGAUUGGCUGAGAAUACAUCACUAUUUACCCACUAAUGCUUGAGGGAACCAUUUGCGUGACAAAAUAGGAUAGUAAAACAGAAGAAUGGACACUUCUAUGAGAAGGAGCCUCCGAUCAGCCUUUGGUCUAUCUUUUCUGUGGUCCAUGUUGGACGAUUUUAUUGUGAAAUAAAUGGUAGACUAGGAAUUGGGUCAAUUCUUUGCUGUACAAAAGCCUUUGGAAACUUGGCAUAUUGUACUGUCGUUUUAGUAUGUUGCAGAAUAAUUAGAUUUAUGAAGAAGAUGUUGCAAGUAUCCAGUGAAUGAAUAUGUCUGGCCCCUAUAUCCUUGGCCCUAACAGAGAACAAAUCAUGAUAAACCUAUCUUAAGGCUAAGCAAAAUAAUCAAUCUUGGGGUUUUUCUUCUAUGUAUGCAACCUUGUUUAGUCAAGAAAACUUCAAAACAAACCUUUUUAUGUUGUCAAGAAUGUCAAAAUUGCCUUUGAGAUUACUUUUUUAAGCCCUUCUUUGAGAUGGAUAUAUCAUUUCUCGGCACAGAAAAUCCCUGCUCUUAUUUUCUUGCUACAUCUUACUUAAAUGUAACUUGUCUGUCAUUUUUCUGGGCUGGAGCAAAACUAUCAAUCAUUUGGUAGAUUUAAGAGGUAUACUUGUUAUUACUGGUAAGUGAAUCAAGAUAUCUAAGAGCAUGGAUUGCCUGAGCUAAAAAAGACAAGGCAAACAGCUUGCUUAGAUAGCAUAGGCUGUUGAGAGAUGCAUGGCCAGUUGUUUCUUUGAUUCUUUCUUGGAAUGUAAAUACUUCUACCAACUUUUUGAGGGAUAACUCUACUGCAUAUCGUUAUGGUCCUUAUGGACGCUUUUGGUACGAGGUUAUAACUAAUAAUGGAAGUACUGUAUGAUUUUA